AUGGAAGAAGCAUCGGCAGGAGCGAUCUUCCCCAACGAAGUUAUAGUAGAAAUUGUAUCAUGGCUUCCGGUGAAAUAUGUUAUGCAACUCAGGUGCCUUAACAAGUUUUUCAAUACUCUCAUCUUUAAUCCUAACUUCGUUCAAAUGCAUCUCAAUAAAUCAACACGAACAAAUUCGCAGCAACUUGCAUUAAUUUGUUUUGAGAAUGAGAAGAAUCAUGUUAAUCCGGAGGAGGAUUGGACUUCCAGUUUGAUAACUCUAUCCAUUCAUGAUUUACUCCAAAACCACAAGUUUACCAUCUUUCACCAUUCCGAUCCUUACUAUCUAUUGACCGACCGGCCGUGGCUUGUUGGCUCAUGCAAUGGAUUGCUAUGCUUGUUUGAAAAUGAUGGUGUGCAUUAUUUGAAUGGUACUAUUAACUGGAUUGCCGUUCGUGAUGACAUCAAUAUCAAUGGUAGUGUUAGUCUUACGGUUGACCAAUUUGUGAUUCUUUCACUUGAUCUCUCCACUGAGACAUACACUGAAUUGUUGCUACCUCAGAGAUUUGAUAAGGUGCCGCGUUAUCCCCCAAAGCUUGUGGUUUUGAUGGAUUGUCUUUGUUUUUGUCAUGAUUUUCAGAAAAUCCAUUUUGUAAUAUGGCAAAUGAAGGAUUUUGGAGUUCAAGAGUCAUGGAUUCAAUUAUUUAAAAUUAGUCAUCAAGAUUUCUAUAUAUGGUUGGAUUUGUUGCCAUUGUACCUUUCCGAAAAUGGCGAUACACUGUUAUUGGCAAAUGUUAAACACAACGAGGCAUUUAUCUAUAACUGCAGAGACAAUAAAGUAGAGAAAAUUGGAAUUGCUAACAAUAUAAUGUGGCCAAAGGCCAAGGAUUAUGUUGAAAGUUUGGUUUCACCUCAUUGA